AUGAGCAAUUGUACGAUCAUCAUGGAAUUCUUCCUUAUGGGGUUUUCCAGCACCCGAGAGCUGCAGGUCUUACAUGCUCUUCUUUUCUUGUUGAUAUAUAUUGCAGCCCUGAUGGGGAAUCUCCUCACUAUUGCUGCCAUUGUCACUGACCCACAUCUUCAUUCUCCAAUGUAUUUUUUUCUGAGCAACUUAUCUCUGAUAGAUCUUGGCUGCAUCUCAGUCACUCUUCCCAAAUUCAUUGUGAAUUCCUUGACAGGCCAUCAAUCCAUUUCUUUACAUGGCUGUGCAGCUCAGAUUUUCUUCUUCAUCUUCUUUGCUGCAACCGAAUUUGCUUUGCUUGUGGCUAUGUCCUAUGACCGCUUUGUGGCCAUCUGCCACCCCUUGCACUAUGGGGUCACCAUGACACUGCUCCGUUCUCUUUGGGUGGCGAGUGGUUCAUGGGUCAGUGGGCUCCUGUACUCAGCUGUCCAUACUGGGAAUAUGGCACCAGCAGAUAUGGCCAACUUCACCAUUGUCACAGAAUUUCUCCUAAUGGAAUUUGCUGACAUCCGAGAGUUGCAGGUCUUACGUGCAAUAUUUUUUAUCCUAAUUUAUUUAGCAACAUUAGUGGGGAAUUUUCUCACCAUCACUGCAGUAGUCAGUAACCAACACCUCCAUGCUCCAAUGUACUUUUUUCUAAGCAACUUAUCCUUGUUGGAUAUCUGUUACAUCUCAGUAACUCUUCCCAAAUUCAUUGUUAACACCUUGAUGGGCAUUCAAACCAUUUCUCUCCUCGAAUGUACUGUUCAGACCUUAUUUUUUGUGUCUUUUGGAUCAACAGAAUUUGCUUUCCUCAUGACCACGUCCUAUGACCGCUUUGUGGCCAUCUGUCACCCCCUGCACUAUGGGGUCAUCAUGAAACCAUCCCGGUGCGUUUGGGGGGCCCUUGGCUCAUGGCUUACUGGUGUUAUCUACUCUAAUCUGCACACAGGAAACAUGUUCUGCUUUCCCUUCUCAGGAUCCAAUGUGAUCCACCAGUUUUUCUGUGAUACACCACAGUCCUGGGGCCAACAUCAGACAAGACAUCAGUUCAGAGCUUUCUUACUGCAAUGGCCUACACAGUACUGCCCCAAUUCAUGA